CAAGAAAUGUCUCGUAAAGUUAUUCUCUUUGAAGAAAUUCUUGUUCUGUUCCUUCCUCUGUUUUACAAUUCCCAUGGCUACUUCGUCCCACAAGGAUCUGUAGGAUUCGGCUUCAACGAUUACUUCACUUUAACAAACACAACAAAACACACAUACGGUCAAGCUUUCGACAGCGAGCCAUAUUCAAUAACGAACUCCACCACAAAUAUCACAUCAUCUUUCUCAGUCAACUUCUUCUUCGCAAUCGUCCCUGAGCAUAAGCAGCAAGGCUCACACGGUAUGGCUUUCGUCAUCUCUCCGACAAGAGGCUUUCCCGGAGCUUCCUCCGACCAAUACCUCGGAAUAUUCAACGAAACAACCAACGGUAAAACCUCGAAUAACGUAAUAGCUAUCGAGUUAGAUAUACAUAAAGACGAAGAGUUUGGUGAUAUUGAUGAUAAUCAUGUUGGGAUUAACAUUAAUGGUAUGAGGUCUAUUCUCUCUGCUCCUGCUGGUUACUAUGAUGAUAAAGAUGGAAACUUUAAAAAUCUUUCUUUGAUCAGUAGAAAAGUAAUGCGGCUUUCUAUCGUUUAUAGUCAACCAGAAAAGCAGCUCAACGUUACUCUGUUCCCUGCUGAGCUCUCUGUUCCGCCUAUAAAACCGCUUUUGUCAUUAAACCGUGAUCUCUCUCCAUAUUUGCUUGAGAAAAUGUAUCUUGGAUUCACUGCAUCUACUGGAUCGGUUGGUGCAAUUCAUUACAUGAUGGGUUGGUUUAUUAGUGGAGAAGUCGAGUAUCCAAGAUUGGAGUUUGGUAGGCUACCAAUCCUUCCUCCAUAUCCAAAGAAACCCUCUCAUAGAACAAGGACGAUUUUAGUAAUCUGCUUAACGGUGUCUGUGAUCGCUGCAUUUGUGGCCUCGGGGAUUGGUUUCGUCUUCUAUCUGAGGCAUAAGAAUGUUAAAGAGGUUCUUGAGGAAUGGGAGAUUCAAUAUGGACCUCAUAGGUUUGCUUACAAGGAGCUUUUCAAUGCCACAAAAGGUUUCAAGGAGAAACAACUUCUUGGGAGAGGAGGUUUUGGUCAAGUCUAUAAAGGAACACUUCCGGGUUCUGAUGCAGAGAUCGCUGUGAAACGAACUUGUCAUGAUUCAAGACAAGGAAUGAGCGAGUUUCUAGCCGAAAUAUCGACCAUUGGUCGUCUCAGACAUCCAAAUCUGGUCAGGCUUUUGGGAUAUUGCAGGCAUAAAGAAGAUCUCUACUUGGUGUAUGACUUUAUGCCUAAUGGAAGCCUUGACAAGUAUAUAAACCAUAGCAACACGAGUGAGAAUAAAGAAGGGCUAACUUGGGAGCAACGUUUCAAGAUCAUCAAAAAUGUUGCAUCUGCUCUACUGUAUCUGCAUCAAGAAUGGGUACAAGUCAUUAUUCAUCGAGAUAUCAAACCGGCUAAUGUUCUAAUAGACCAUGAAAUGAAUGCGAGGCUCGGGGAUUUUGGACUUGCAAAGCUGUAUGAUCAGGGAUUUGAUCCAGAGACAUCUAAAGUAGCUGGAACAUUCGGGUAUAUGGCACCAGAGUUUCUAAGAACAGGAAGAGCAACUACGAGCACUGAUGUUUACGCCUUUGGGAUGGUAAUGCUUGAGGUAGUUUGUGGAAGAAGGUUGAUUGAGCGACGUGCAGCAGAAAACGAAGAAGUUCUUGUGGAUUGGGUACUAGAGCUUUGGGAAAAAGGAGAAGACAUUCUUGACGCAGUUGAAGAAAGUAUCCGUAAAGAACAAGAAAGGGGACAACUUGAGCUUGUUUUGAAGCUAGGUGUGUUGUGUUCGCAUCAAGCUGCAUCGAUCAGACCAGCUAUGAGUGCGGUUAUGCGGUUCUUGAAUGGCGUUUCUCAGCUUCCGGAUAAUCUUCUUGAUGUCGUGAGGGAUGAGAAAUCGAGAGGAUGGCCUGAGCAAAUGGAAAUGCUCUUUGAUGUGGAUUUAUCGGGUACAUCGAGGUUUACUGACUCGUUAGUCUCACAUGGACGCUGA